UUUCCCUCCCGUCUUCCCAUCGGGUGCGCAGCAUCUCUUUUGCGAGGGAGUCUCCGCAUCGGCUCUGCGACCCUCCGACACAGCUUCUUCACGCCGUUGUGAGGUCGAAGCAUCGGCAGAUAGUCCAGUGACACAGCCUCAGCCCGACCAUCUUUACCCGUACAUGGAGACCCCCAGCUGGGCAGGUAACGCGUUGUGCAAGUCGGGAAGCAUCGGCGUCUUCGGGAACGUGGUGUACAGCGGACUGCUCAACGACCACCUGUGGCAUUUGGGAGUGCCGCUCUUCACGAGACUGGGUAACCAAGAGGCCGCCAACCCCGCGGACGCCAUGACCCAGCCCUACACCGCGGCCCAGUAUCCCCCGCCCCCACAGAACGGUAUCCCCGCCGAGUUCGCCGCGCCUCACCCGCUCCCCACGGCCGACUACAGCGGGCAGAGCCGCGUGGCCGAGCACGCCAUGACGCUGUACACGCCCACGCCCACGCACAGUGAGCCGGCGCCGGGCACCGACAGCAGCACGCCCACCAUCGCCGCCCCCGCACCGGUCAGUGUCGCUCAGCACCUGCAAACACUCUUCUCCACAGGCCACCAGCAACAGACGGACGACGUGACGCAAACGGACGCCUCGCAGCACUCGGACUCGUCGGAGAAGCAGCAGCCAAAACGGUUACACGUGUCCAACAUUCCCUUCCGCUUCCGGGACCCCGACCUUAGGCAGAUGUUUGGGCAAUUUGGAAAGAUCUUAGACGUGGAGAUUAUCUUUAACGAGCGAGGGUCCAAGGGCUUUGGCUUUGUAACUUUUGAAACGAGCGCAGAUGCCGACCGCGCACGGGAGAAACUAAACGGUACAAUCGUAGAGGGCCGCAAGAUCGAGGUGAACAACGCCACAGCGCGAGUGAUGACAAACAAGAAAGUGGCAAACCCGUACACGAACGGCUGGAAGUUGAACCCGGUGGUGGGCGCCGUCUACGGUCCCGAGCUGUACGCCGUAACAGGCUUCCCUUACCCCGCCACGGGCGCCGCCGUUGCCUACAGGGGCGCCCACUUGCGAGGUCGGGGGCGGGCGGUUUACAACACGUUCCGCACGGCCCCGCCGCCGCCGCCCAUCCCAGCUUACGGAGCGGUGGUGUACCAAGAUGGCUUCUAUGGUGCUGAGAUCUAUGGCGGAUAUGCGGCAUACAGAUUCGCCCAGCCGGCCACCACGGCCGCCUACAGUGACAGCUACGGCAGAGUCUAUGCAACGGCCGACCCCUACCACCACACGAUCGGCCCUGCCGCCGCGUACACCGUGGGGACCAUGUAAAUACGAAACGCCGGGAAGAGGAAGUCGCGUUCGGCACGGUUGGACAGACGAGAAGAGGCGCAGCAACUUUAGCAAACAACAAGAAGUGCCACAAGAUGGGAGGGAGGUGUACAAAAUGGCGGGCGGCAUCCACAGCCGCAUCCCCCACCGGGGACCGACCCAUCGUCUUCUUUGGGGCGGCGAGGAGAAAAGACAGAAAGAAAAACGAAAGGAUGAGCGGCGUCCCGUUAUUAUAAAACAUUUUAUUUUUUUAUACUUUUGUCACGUGUGUAUAAAGGCGUAUAAAUAUAUAUAUGUACAAAUAUGUCUUUUUAUGUUUUCCGGGGAGUUCAGAACAGGCGGAGGAGGGCUAACCUGCGCCUCCGCGUCCUCCUCCUCGUCUUCCUCCUCCUUUACUUCCUUCCUCCCCGUGGACGCUGUCGUGAUGUCACUUCCUGCUGGCAGCAAGCCCCCGCGCCCUCCCCGCUGGUUUACAGCGCCCCCUCGGCGGAUGUUCCACGGCCGAGGACUGGAAAAUCUGUCGGCAUCCGUCACCGUCGGCGGGCGCUUGGCGGCGUACGCCGGGACUUCCUGGAGGACAUCUCGACCGGCGGCGUCCUCGCGUAGUCCAAGGCCACGUCUACACGUACGCACGUAUGUUCGGGGGGGGGGGGGGGAAACAAACGUUCGUCUUUUAUAUGAUCCAACGCACGCAAACACUUGUUUUGUUUUGUUUUUGCCUUAAAAAAAAAUUACAUUUCCUCAAAAAAUAUGCCUUUAUUCUAGAAAAAAGUUAUUUUUUAAAAAAGCAUAAUUCUCUUUAUUUGCCAAGUAUGUCAAAAACACACAAGGAAUUUGUCUCCAGUACGACAACAGACAGAGAAUACGUUUGAGUCAUUUUACAUUUAAAAAAACACAUUUUUAAAAAGACAUUUAAAAAAAAAAACAGUCACUGAGCAAUAAAGGUUUGCCAGUAAUGUGGUAAUGCUACUAUUACCACUAGACCACUAUAACAUUUUCACAAAAGAAAUUUGACUUAAUUCUCAUAACAUUUUUCCCAAAAAAUGUCC